GCCCGGCAUGUCGCACGGCGGCGGCAGGGUCACGGGGAUCACCCCCGGCGCGUCGUGCCCGCCCGCGGGUUUCCCGCUCGAUUACUCGUACAAAGAGGUGACGUCCGUGGCCGGGUUCUUAGAGGACGACGGGAAGCCGUUCGCGGGGAUCGCGAAAGGGAUGGAUCACUCGAAACUCCCCAAGGGCAGCGUCCUGAACGCGACCGGCGUGCGGCUGAACAACAACGCGCUGCGCGACCUCGCGGGGCUCGAGGAGUUCCUAGACGCGGUGCUCGACGACCCGAGCGAGCUGCGAUGGCUGGACUUGUCGCACAACCAGCUGACGAGGGUAGACCCCGUGAUCCUGAAGUACCCGAGGCUGAGUUGCGUCUACCUCCACGGGAAUAAGAUCGAGAGCAUACGCGAGAUCGACAAGCUGAGCGCGCUGGAGGAGCUGUCGAAGUUCACCGCGAUGGGGAACCCGAUCGAGGAGCGCGCGGACUACCGGAUGUACGUCCCGCACCAGCUGCAGAAGGUGCGGUCGUUGGAUUUCAUUCGCGUCACGCCGACGGAUCGCGACAAAGUGGCGGCGUGGCACGCGUUGCGACCGAAGCGGUAGCGGCGGGCGAGGGGGGGGGCAGGGGGGCGGUGGAAGACGGCUUCGGCGGGUGAGAGGUCGCGCCGCCGCGCGUGUGUAUAGCGAACGCAGUGCCGUGGUCGUCGUUCGUCUCGAUGAUGAUCGAUUUGAUUUAUACGUCGGUAACUUCAUUACAAAGCAAAGAAUAGCGGGUUGGCAAAGAAAACAAUACGCGUGCCGUGUUCGGCGCCGAGUCUUCGUCGUCGAGCUCGUUAAUAAAAGCUUCGACUCUCGGCGCCUACCCCCCCGUGGGACUCGACCAGACUAAUAAGCGAGCGGUGGUAGUAUUUCAUCUAACGUUUAUCCGUGAAACGCAAACGGAAUUGCUGCGCACGCGCGCGCUUAGUAGCGGUACGCCGCGGGCUUGUACGGACCCUCGACCGGGACGUUGAUGUACGCCGCCUGCUCCGCGCUGAGCUUCGUGAGCUUGACGCCAAUCUUUUCGAGGUGAAGCGCGGCGACCUUCUCGUCGAGGUGCUUGGGGAGGACGUACACCUUCUUCUCGUACUUGCCCGUCUUGCGCUCGUUCCAGAGCUCGAGCUGCGCGAUCGCCUGGUUCGUGAACGAGCACGACAUGACGAAGGAGGGGUGACCGGUGGCGCACCCGAGGUUGAGGAGACGGCCCUCCGCGAGCAUGAUGAUGCCGUGGCCGUCGGGGAACUCGUAGCGGUCGCACUGGGGCUUGAUGUUCGUGUGCUUGAUGCCCGGGUAAGACUCGAGGCCGGCCAUGUCGAUCUCGUUGUCGAAGUGACCGAUGUUGCCGACGAUGGCGUUGUUCUUCAUCUGCUUCAUGUGCUCCACCAUGAUGAUGUCCUUGUUACCCGUCGUCGUGAUGAAGAUGUCCGCCUCCUUGACGCAGUCCUCGAUGGGCGCGACCUGGAACCCGUCCAUCGCCGCCUGGAGCGCGCAGAUCGGAUCGAUCUCGGACACGAUCACGCGCGCGCCCGCCGCCUUCAUCGCCUGCGCGGAGCCCUUCCCGACGUCGCCGAAGCCGGCGACGAACACCGUCUUGGACGCGAUCAUCACGUCCGUCGCGCGCAUGAUGCCGUCCGGAAGCGAGUGACGGCAGCCGUAGAGGUUGUCGAACUUGCACUUGGUCACGGAGUCGUUGACGUUGAUGGCCGGGAAGAGGAGCUCGCCCGCCUUCUGCAUCUCGUACAGACGCUUGACGCCCGUCGUCGUCUCCUCGGAGACGCCGACGCACGUCUCGACGAUCUUGUGCCAACGCUUGGGGUCGAUCGCGAGGUUCUCCUUGAUCGUCUUGAGCACGAGCUUCAUCUCCGCGUUGUUCGUGGUGGACGGGUCCGGGAUCGCGCCGGACUUCUCGAACUCGAUCUCAGCCUUGUAGCCCUCGUGGAUGAGGAGCGUCGCGUCGCCGCCGUCGUCGACGAUGAUGUCGAGCGGGUCGGAGCCCCAGUUGAGCAUCUUAUCGGUGCACCACCAGUACUCCUCGAGCGUCUCGCCCUUCCACGCGAACACCGCGGCGGAGUCGCGCGCGACCGC